GGUGAGUGCAGGCAGGCAGGAAUCCCUGGUGACCACCUCUUUUCCUUUCGUACAAGCAGAGCUUCGGCGUGCCCCCAAGUACCUCUGAAAUCCCUCUCUCCGGCCGCACCAUGCUUCUGGCACGAAUGAACCCGCAGGUGCAACCCGAGCACAGCGGAACGGAGCCGGUGCCCGAGCCGCCUCUGCGGUCCUGCAAAACUGCGGAUCUGCUGGUGGUGAAGGAGCGCAACGGCGUCCAGUGCCUCCUGGCGUCCCAGGACAGCGACGCACAGCCCCGCGAGACCUGGGGCAAGAAGAUCGACUUCCUGCUAUCUGUGGUCGGCUUCGCGGUGGACCUGGCCAAUGUGUGGCGCUUCCCCUACCUCUGCUACAAGAACGGUGGCGGUGCCUUCCUGAUACCGUACACACUGUUCCUCAUCAUCGCCGGGAUGCCUCUGUUCUACAUGGAGCUGGCUCUGGGGCAGUACAACCGGGAAGGGGCAGCCACCGUGUGGAAGAUCUGCCCUUUAUUCAAAGGAGUGGGCUACGCCGUGAUCCUCAUUGCCCUCUACGUCGGCUUCUACUACAACGUCAUCAUCGCCUGGUCACUCUACUACCUCUUUGCGUCCUUCACCUGGAACCUGCCCUGGACUGACUGUGGCCAUGCCUGGAACAGCCCCAACUGCACUGACCCCAAGCUCCUCAAUGCCUCUGCCUUGGGCAACCACACCAAGUACUCCAAGUACAAGUUCACGCCAGCUGCUGAAUUUUACGAGCGUGGUGUCCUGCACCUACAUGAGAGUGAUGGAAUCCAUGACAUUGGCCUGCCGCAGUGGCAGCUGCUGCUCUGUCUGAUGGUUGUCGUCAUCAUCCUGUACUUCAGCCUCUGGAAAGGAGUGAAGACAUCAGGAAAGGUUGUGUGGAUCACAGCCACGCUGCCUUACUUCGUGCUGUUUGUGCUCCUGGUCCACGGUGUCACCCUUCCUGGCGCCUCUAACGGCAUCAAUGCCUACCUGCACAUCGACUUCUACCGCCUCAAAGAGGCCACGGUAUGGAUUGAUGCUGCAACUCAGAUAUUUUUUUCUUUGGGGGCUGGAUUUGGAGUCUUGAUUGCAUUUGCCAGUUACAACAAAUUUGACAACAACUGUUACAGGGACGCCCUGCUGACCAGCACCAUCAACUGUGUCACCAGCUUCAUCUCUGGGUUUGCUAUCUUCUCUAUUCUCGGGUACAUGGCCCACGAACACAAGGUCAAUAUCGAGGACGUCGCCACUGAAGGAGCUGGCCUUGUGUUCAUCCUGUAUCCAGAAGCCAUCUCUACUCUGUCAGGAUCGACAUUCUGGGCUGUCGUGUUUUUCAUCAUGCUCCUGGCUCUGGGCCUAGACAGCUCAAUGGGAGGCAUGGAGGCUGUCAUCACAGGUUUGGCAGAUGACUUCAAGAUCCUGAAGCGACACCGGAAGCUCUUCACAUUUGGUGUCUCCACCAGCACCUUCCUUCUGGCCCUGUUCUGCAUAACCAAGGGUGGAAUUUAUGUGCUGACUUUGUUGGACACCUUUGCGGCGGGUACUUCCAUCCUCUUUGCUGUGCUCAUGGAAGCCAUUGGAGUUUCCUGGUUUUAUGGUGUGGACAGGUUCAGCAACGACAUCCAGCAGAUGAUGGGAUUCAAGCCGGGCCUGUACUGGAGACUGUGCUGGAAGUUUGUCAGCCCUGCUUUCCUCCUGUUUGUGGUGGUGGUCAGCAUCAUCAAUUUCAAGCCACUCACCUAUGAUGACUACGUUUUCCCAUCCUGGGCCAACUGGGUUGGGUGGAGUAUCGCCCUCUCGUCCAUGGUUCUGGUACCUGCUUACGUCAUCUACAAGUUCCUCCGUACGCAAGGAUCCUUCCGGGAGAGGCUGGCUUAUGGCAUCACACCGGAGAAUGAGCACCACCUGGUGGCCCAGCGGGAUGUCAGGCAGUUCCAGCUGCGACACUGGCUGGCCAUCUGACCCUGGUCCCGAGGAAGAGGAACCCACGUGCCAACGUCCACGUCAGAGACAUGUGCUUCACUCCCACCCGGACGCUGCUUUGGGAUUGCUCUCCUGGAAGACUCCCUUCCCACUUCCCUUCUUCUUCCCCAGUUACCAAUGAUUCCGUGACUCCGGUUUUUGUUCACCUUCAGUUCAGCCAGCCUGCGGGCUGUGAGCGGGGAGGACUGGUGAGCCUCCGGGGAGAGGAGGACAGGAGGAAGCGGGCAGGAGGAAACUUAACUUCUGGAAUGCUUGGUUUGAGGGAAGCCUCGCCACAUGGGGAGCCCACUGUACUGAAGCCCAUGGCUCAGGCAGAAUCCCCUCCCACGUUUGCUUGCACCUCAGACCACGGAAGAAGUCCUCAUUUCACCAAAUCUGAGAAAGGAUGGACUUUUGGUCAGGCACCAAAAACCCAACAAAAGCCCAGCUGGGUCUGGUGUGAGAAGCGGGGUUGCACAGGCCAUCCCUUUCUUGCCUACCCCAGUUGACACAGUGAUGUCUGAGCCUCUGUCUGGGAGUUUGAAUUUAUUUAUCCCUAAAAUGAAGUCAGCAUAUAUAGAUGCUUUGGGAAAUCUUGAGCGGAAGCACUCCUACUUCAUUUUCUAGUUAACCUGAGCUUAUUUAUGGUGAGUUCUAGAAUAUUCCCCUGGCUCUGGUAUUCAGAUGGUCCCUAACCAUGGAUCCCAGGGGAUGAAUGUAGGUAAAC